GCUAAGAAGGAAGUGGAGUAUUUGAAGCACGUGAUAUCUAGAGAAGGGGUUAGCAUGUAAUAUCUUUUUUUUUUCUUUUUCUUCUUCUUCCUCUACUUCUUCUGUAAAUUCUAAUACUGCCAUAAAUUAUACGUGUGAAGGUCACACGUAUAAUUCUGAGACGCGGGCACUGGUGAUACGCGAAACCUUAGUUGUGACUGAGUCAUAGCUUGGGUGAGUGAGACAGCUACAUUGUCCGUUGAAUUUAUUCUAUGCAGACCAUAUAUUGAUCUCUUUAGCAAACACACUUAACAUGGAUCAGCGGACUCAAAUCGACUCGGUUGUUCCGUAUAGAUCUCUUCUUCAAGAAAUAUGUUCAGAAAAGCCAUUUUGGCGUUCAUUUGUCAAAUCUCAUAAUCAUAGUAUGACGAAGAAGAUUAUGGACAUGGGCAAUAUACCUGUGUAGUAAGGAAGUUAAUGCUAUCUCAAAAGAAUGAAGAUACUACUCAACGGCAUAAGCUUUUUCGCACGAGGUGUACGGUGAAAGGAAAAAUCUUUGAAUUGAUUAUUGAUAGUGGAAGUCAGGAGAACAUCAUAGAAAGAGACGUGGUGGCAAAGAUGCAGUUAACUCCUAAAAAACAUCCAAGCCCUUACAUGAUUGGAUGGAUCAAAGAAGUUGGUGGCAUACAUGUGGAUGAACGUUGCAGGGUGCCUUUCUCUAUUGGUAAGUACUCCGACGAAGUCUAUUGUGAUAUUGUUGAUAUGGAUGCUUGCCAUAUUUUAUUUGGGAGGCCUUGGCAAUUUGAUGUGGAUGCUACGCACUCGGGUAGGAAGAACACAUAUCAGUUUGAGAAAGAAAGUGUGCGUUAUACUUUGUUACCCAUAGUGGAAAAGAAUCAAACCAAAGCUUCUAAAGUGGAGCUUGAUUUCGAAGAUUAUGUUGUCCCAGCAACCUCAACGUUUGCAAACUCAGGUCUGAUUUAUGUUGCUAACAUGAUAGAAACUCCAAGGUUAUUGACUCAUACUGAGGUAUUUUCCAAUCCCGAUGGCUCAAGCAUUGCUUCGCAACCCAAUGAUGGUGGUGUUUCCUCUGAUCGACUUGCUACUGUAAAGGAGAUGGAGGUCAUGGCAGCAAAUCCUUCUACAGUUUAUUCAAGAUUUGACAUGGUUGAAUCGAAGGCAAUAAGAUCUACUAGAUUAGAGAAGCGCUCAAGAUGGAAGGUUCAACGUCCUCAAUCUAACAGUAAUAAUGCAAUGGAGGCAGAAGGCAACAAACAUGGCGAUGAUUGGACCCAUGCCAAUGCUGAUAUGGCUAAGAAGGGGAGGAAUGUCUUUGCUCAUGUUCCCUUAGCAGAAAAGUUCAAGCGGUUCAGGAAGAUGUCACGCAAAAGUUGCACAAAUAAGAAAUAUAAGGCGACGACUGACAAGCAUAGGAAGCACAAGGUAUUUGAGGUGGGAGAUGAAGUCAUAAUAUUCUUGAAGAAGGAACAAAUUCUAGCAGGAAAGCAGAACAAGUUCAAGAAGUAUGGUCCUUACAAGAUUCCAAAGAAAACCAAUGACAAUGCUUAUGUUGUGGAUUUGCCUAAUCAUAUGGGUAUUUCUAAACAUUCAAAGUGGCUAAUCUCUCUUCGUACUUAUCGGAUGUGGAUUUGUCCAAACAGGAUCAAAAUUCGAGGUCGAAUUUUUUCUCAAGUGAAGGUGAAUGAUGCGGUCACCAAUCAAGACUCGGCCCAAGGCCGACCCAAUUAAACCGGAAUAGUAUCACCAAAAUAGUAGUGCCAUAAUGUUAUUUUAAUACUUCUUAAGUUUUAGAAUUCUACUUGAUUUAGGAUUCUAUUUUAUAUUUCUACUUGAUUUAGGAUUCUAUUUCAUGUUUCUACUUGAUUUAGGAUUCUACUUCAUGUUUGAUUAGAGUUUUAUUUUUAUUAGGAUUCUAGUUGACUUUUAUUUAGGAUUUAUUUCUAUUAGAAUUCUAGUUGGAUUUUGUUUUCCAAAUAUUAGAUGGAUUUGGAUUAGCCAAACACUAUAAAUAUACCUAGGAUCUAGAGAUUGUAAUCAAGUUUUUAUUAAUCAAAUUUCAGCAACCUAUUUGGGUUUUCUUAGCAAAACAGUCUUGUUUUUGCGUCUUCUUGAAAGCCAAGCUUCGGCUAUUGAAGUUUGCUCUUUCAAGGGUUUAUUUUGGUGUGUUUUCUUCACACUCGCGCUACACGCU